AUGCGCAUGCCCGAACGCAUACGUCCGGAGCCCAAACAGCCCGUCUGGCGCGUCAACGACGACGCGGAGGCGAUGGAUGAAAUGUACGAUCGCUUCAUGGGGAGGGUUGGGGAAGCGGUUAAGGGGGAGGUGAAGGAUACGAGGGGGAGGGGGAUGUUGGAUGAGGAGGUGAAGUGGCUAGCCCUAACCCACAAAUCCUUCGACCACGGCCGGCGCGGCUUCAACGACAAACUCGCCUUCCUCGGCAAACGCAUAGUCGACGUCCAAACCUCGCUCGCACUACUGAACAUGCCUUCCUCCCCCGCCGCGCUGCCCGCCUCGCAGGACGACGUCUUCCAGCACGCGGCGCUCGAAGGGCUGGAGAACGUUACGGCGUUCUCCAAGAACGCGAUACUGGACAAGACGCGACUGGCGAAGGUGGCGACGGCGUAUGGGAUCAAUCGAGUGGUGAGGUGGAAGCCGCGGAAGAGCGACAAUCUGAAGAGUAGUGGGGAGGACGUGGUGUUGGCGCAUACGAUGUACAGCAUUAUCGGGGCACUGGCGAUGCAGAGGGGCGGAGAGAUGGCUGCAAAGACGGCGAGGGAGAGGAUAUUGAAGCCGCUUGGGCUGCGGUAG